AUGGCCACGCAACAGGACGACGGCGGUGUGCCCGUAGCCAUUGCACACGAGCAGCAGCAUUUUCGCUUGCUGGAGCUGCCUCCCGACAUUGUUGGGUUGCUAGACGCGUCGGAUCGCCCACUUAGCCCCAGCCUCUCGCUCAAGUCCAAAGCCCCCGCCCAAACCUCAGGCACGCCUGCAUAUGCAGUGCUCUGUACGCCAAACAAGACAUUCCAGCUGCGCCAGAUUCAGACGUCCAACUCGCUCCUCGUUACCCAGCCCAUCCUCCAGCACCAUGGCAACGACGAGAUGCCCACCCCUGCCACAUGUGCAAUUGCGUCGUGCGCCGUGACGCUCCAAGUCGAUGCGUCCACAGCAUCCGCCCUUGGCCUGUUGAGGGACGCGCUGGCCGUUUACGAUAUUGUGGCUGGCGACGUUGACGCUACCCCCAACGGCAGGAGCAAGCCCAACGUCUUCGCCGACAUGCCCGUCUCGGACGGAGAAUGCGAGGCGGCAUGGACCGAGCUGAUGGCUUUUGAGCUCGACGGUAGCUCCUACCAGCCGUCUGCCAAUGCCCUCUCCCACGUCUGGCGCGCUAUCAAUGCUGCUGCACUGGCCGAGGGCAUCCCGCUGAACCAAGAUUUCUUGACCGACGACAUCACAAGGCCUGCAGCUGAAGAGGGACACCCCCUCACCUUCAUACAGGCCGUACUUGCGCACCUGUCGACUGAUGACAGGGUCAAGACCGGUCCGUGGUCGUGUCUCGAUCGCGCUAAGACGGUUGUCUUUACAGGCCGAACGUUGCUAGCUUCCAAGCGCGGUGCUGACUUUCUCAUCGCCGACUUCACUGACACAUGGGAGGACCGCUUGCCUGAGGUAUGGCGCAAGGAUGCAAAGCUCAGCGCCAUCGAAGCCUUCUACGAAUGCCCCUCUGACACGACAAUCAAGGCAAAGAAUACAGACGCUUCAGCAAUGGGCCGAGACAGUGCAGUGCCAGCCAUGAAGCUGUCAGCGCGCAAGUGGCACGACAAGUUUGCCAUGACCAGAAAGAAGUGA